AUGAAUCACCAAGCUUCUCACAACCAUGCUAUGGGUGACAUGGGCCACGAUAUGCCUGGAAUGCCAGGAAUGGGGGGCGAGAGGUGCGCAAUGAAUAUGAUAUUUACAUGGGACUGGCACAAUACCUGUGUUGUGUUUGAAUGGUGGCACAUCAAAACAUAUGCUGGCUUCAUUGCCUCCUUUUUCACUAUUGUGGCACUCGGAGUAGGAUAUGAGUACAUCAAGGCUCUUUUCGGCAAUUGGGAGAGAUCGAGUAUUGCCUCUGGGGUAUCUACGUCACAACAGAAGCGCUUCAAAUUGUAUAGAGGUAUCAUCUACGGAGUGCAAGUUUUUUACUCCUUUUGGUUGAUGUUGGUGUUUAUGACCUAUAAUGGAUGGCUCAUGAUUGCAGUAGCUAUGGGAGCUGGUAUUGGAAACUACAUUUGUGGAGGCACCGGUGGUUCUACCGAUGCAAUUUCAAGAAGCAUGUCUUGUCAUUGA